GGUUCCAUUUCCGUUUCAAAAUGGCUUCUCAGCUGGUCGUUCCGUGUUCAAAACAUGCCGUAUUUCUACGGGGUUUCACAACAUCCGUUUCAACUGACGAUAUCAGGUAUUUUAUAAACAUAUUAGGCAAUUACACGUCGUUUUUCAGGAGCCGAUUAUGUCAAAUAACUUAAAUAUCAGCUCUGGAAUAAAUUUAAGCUGAGGGCGUUGGUCAACCAUUUCUGAAGAAAUUCUUAUUCAAUUAUUAAUUAAACGGUUCUACGCGUUACUAUUUCAGAAAAAUACGAUGGAUGGGGAUAAAAUAUUCUCUUGUAUCCGUUUCUCUUUAAAUUAUUCUUUUACAACAGAAGGUACAAAUGGUCCGGCUUUAAAAAAAAUUCAGUAAAAAUAAAAAUUUUUGUUAUGGUUGAAAGAGACAAAUUGAAGCGUAUUUGCUUUAGAAUUUUUGACUUGAACUCACGUUUUAUACUAGAAUGUUAAUUUUUCAGAAAAUUCUUCGAAGAAAAAACAGGAUGUCUACCAACAGUAGAAUUCAUGCGAGAUUCAGAAGACAAAAAUUUUCUGUAUUUGGCUUUAAGAUUCGAUAGUAAAAGCAUCGCUAAGUCAGUUAUCGAAAAAUUCGAUUCUACAGAUAUUCUUGGAUGUUUCGUUAAAAUCACUUAUUUUCGUGAUAUGAAAAAAGCCAGGGAAAAGGCUCAAGAGCUUUAUGAAAAAGGUUUGGGUCCUAGUCCACGUGAUUUAUUCAAUUCUGAAAUGAACGGCCCAAGAAGAGGCAUGUUCUACCGUAGAGGUAGAGGCAAUUUCAAACGUGGUAGAACUUCAUCUGGUAGUCACAACAAUUAUGAUUAUUCGGCUACCUAUUCGAAGGACACCAAAAGCAGUCGAUAUCAUUAUUCUUCAUCCAGAUCUAGAUCAAGAUCUCGGUCAAGAUCUCGCUCCAGAUCUAGGUCCAGAUCCAGGUCACGAUCAAGAUCUAGAACAUACAGUAGGAGUUUAACUCCAAGACGUAAGAGCAGUAGUUCUGAAUCUAUGAGAUCACGUUCGAGGUCGCCUGUAGAAAGAAAAAAGAAAAAGCACAAGAAGCAUCAUAGAAGUCCUAGCUCGGACUACGAUAGGCAUUCGAGCAGAGAUAAAAAUGAGAUACUACGUAAAGGAAAGCAAAAAAAACAGACAACUGAUGAUGCUGAAGAAGGAGAAUAUGCUAGUGCCGACAAUGCGAAUAUUCCUGAGAAUCACAAGACACUACUCAACAAAAAUGGAAAUUUUAUGUCGAUUUCGAAACAGGAUAAGAGUGUUCAUGGAGAUCAUGCCGUUUUGAAUAAUGAAGUAGCAGAAAUAUUUGGUUUACCCCCAGAAAAAUUAUCGCUUUUAAAGAAUAAAAAAGAGGAAAUUGAACAAUCAUACAGACAAGACUGUGAAACCUUCGCUGCUGUUGUGAAAAUGCUUAUCAGUAAAGAUUCAUCAUUGGAAGAAAAGUUGCAAAAUUCUCUUCGCGAAAAUCUUAAAGAAAUUGGACAAAGGUGUAUUCAAGAGCUAAAGGACUACAUUGACACUUUGAAGUCUGAUUAAUUUACUGUAUGCACGUUUGUGAUCAUUAUUUUUGUUGUACCGGUUUAUUACUUAAACUUAGACACAUAACUCCUAAGAUAUGAAUAAAAUACAAAAUUUAUAAAUAUUCAUAAUACACGUCAAAUAAAAAUAGUUCAUCCAAUAGAUGAAAACGUGGCAGGAA